AUGGCAAAACGAAUAAUUGAUUUCGUACCAGCUUUUCUGAGUCUUGUUGCAUUCAUCUCCAUACUACUCAUCAUUCUCGCGGGAAUCAACACCUCCGCCCUCAAGCUCUCCUCUGUCCUCAGCAAUGCCGACCUAUUGAGGGAUAUCUCCAAUCUUUCCGGUACAGACUUUAUCGGUGGGGACCUCACCGCCUCCACCCUCGGCCUCGCGACCGAGUACACCAUCUCGCUCCUCACAUUUUGCGCACGCACCUCCUCGGGCGCCUCGUGCUCCUCGCCGCAGAUCAAAUUCUGGUUCGACCCGGGCCAGCACCUCCGCCUCGACAGCACCUCGCUGAGGCAGCAGUACCCAGGCGGAUACACCGGCGCGCUCUCCAGCUACCGCAACAUCGCGACCCGCUUCCUCCCCGGCGCCUUUGUCUUUUGCGCCCUGAGCGCGGGACUCACCGUGCUCCUGUCCGCGCUCUCGGCCUUUGGCGUCGCGAGGGCCGCGACCGGCCGCGCGGCCGCCGUCUUUUCCGUCCUGGCCACCGUCGUGCUGCUCAUGGCGGCCGCGGCCGCGACGCACGUCUUUCGCAUCCUCGACGCGGAGUUCAACAGCGGGUUCGGCACGCACGGCCUGUCCUCGUCGCUCGGUGCGGGUGGGCUUGUGCUCGCCUGGCUCGCGCUGCUGCUCAUGCUCGGCGCGGCGGUUGCGGCGUGCACGCGGCUCGGCGCGGUGGCGGUUGAGGAGCGCAGGGGCCGUGGCCUGCGCGCGCUCAAUCUCGGGGCUGGGGAGAAGAGGGCUACCGUCGUCAGUGCGGCCCCGGCUCGAAGGCGUGGGAUCAUGUCGCGUAUUCCCGGGCUGAACAGACACAAGUACGCCCAGGUCGAAGAUGAGCAGCAGCAGCGGCAGAUGAUGCUCGGGAGAGAUGGGUAUGGUGGUGCGGCACCACGUGGUGCCGACGCAGACUGGAUGGCGGAGGAUGAGUAUUCUGCCGAGCGGUACAGCGACCGUGGGCAGGCUGAAGGCAUUGCCAUGAGGAGUCUGAGUUCUAGCCCACCGGCGCGCACGGUGGCAAACACGGCGUAUGAACCGUAUGGGAGGGCUAGUUGA